AACGCCAGUCUCUAGCAGAUAAUCCAAAGCUGUCACGCGGGUCUCUCGUCCUCACUCCUCCCCGAACCCCGUCCAAAACCCACCUCCGCUGCCAUGCUCCGCCGCCUCCUUCUCCGCUUCCGCCAGCGCCGCUACUACUCCGCCGCCGCCACCGUGCCCCUCUCCGCACCGACCUUCGCCGUCUUCGGCGCCAACACCGGCGUCGGCAAGACCCUCGUCUCCGCGGGCCUCGCCGCGGCCCUCCUCAGCUCCCGCUCCCCCUCCGUCUCGGCCGUCAGCUACCUCAAGCCGCUCCAGACCGGCUACCCCGCCGACUCCGACGCGCGAUUCGUCUUCGCCAGGACCCCCGCGCUGCUCCGCGCCUCGUCCUCCUCCUCCUCUCCCCGCGCCACCCGCCUCGUCUCCUCAUGCCGCACCCUCUUCCCGUCCCCCGCCGUGGGGGCGGAGGCGGAACCCCUCCGCGAGAGCCAGGAGAAUGUGGUGACCUACGGAGGGGAUGGGGCGGUGGAGGAGACGAAGGUGCUCUCGUGCAGGACGGCGUACGCGUGGCGGGAGCCGGUGUCGCCGCACCUGGCGGCCGAGAGGGAGGGGAUGGCGGCGGGGGACGAUGAGGUCAGGGGUUGCGUGGAGCAGUGGCUGCUGGAGGAAGACGUGGGGGAGGGCGGGGAGGCGUGGAAGGUUCUGGAGACGGCUGGGGGCGUCGCUAGCCCCGGUGCAUCCGGCGCGCUGCAAUGUGACCUCUACCGACCUUUUAGGUUACCUGCUAUUCUUGUUGGAGAUGGCCGCCUAGGUGGCAUUUCAUCCACUUUGUCUGCAUAUGAAACCUUGUUGCUAAGAGGGUAUGAUGUGAGCGCAGUUAUUUUGGAAGACCGUGGCUUAUCAAAUGACAAAUUCUUGCUUUCUUUCUUGAGAAACAGGGUACAUGUGCAUGGCUUGCCACAAAUUCCUGAAGAUCCUUUAGAUGACCUAACUGAUUGGUUUUCUGAGUCAUCAUCAGUAUUUAAUGUUCUUAAGGAUGCCCUGCAAUCAUUUCAUUUGAAUAGAAUUGAGCGGUUAAACAGCAUGCAAAGAAAAUCCAAGGAUUUACUAUGGUGGCCUUUUACUCAGCACAAUCUUGUCCCUCAAGAAUCUGUUACAGUAAUUGAUUCACGUUGUGGUGAGAAUUUUUCUGCAUACAAGAUUAAAGACAACAAGAUGAUGCUUGUCCCUCAAUUUGAUGCAUGUGCAAGUUGGUGGACUCAAGGCCCUGAUUCCAACUUGCAGAUUGAACUUGCAAGAGAUAUGGGUUAUGCUGCUGCAAGAUAUGGUCAUGUGAUGUUUCCGGAGAAUGUUCAUGAGCCUGCUCUUCAUUCUGCGGAAAUUUUGCUUGGAGGAGUUGGCAAAGGUUGGGCUUCUCGAGUCUAUUAUUCAGACAAUGGAUCUACUGCAAUUGAAAUUGCUCUGAAGAUGGCAUUCCGUAAAUUUUCACUUGAUCAUGGAAUUCUAGCGGACAGUGAAAAUAGUAUCAAGAACGAAAGAAAUAUUCAGUUUAAGGUCCUUGCUCUAAACGGUUCCUAUCAUGGUGAUACAUUGGGCGCUAUGGAAGCUCAAGCUCCAUCAGCCUAUACGUCUUUUCUUCAGCAGCCAUGGUACUCAGGUAGAGGACUUUUUCUAGAUCCUCCAACUGUGUAUAUUAAAAGUGAGAUGUACAACCUUUCUUUGCCUCUGUCGAUGCCACAUGAUCCACAGACUUCUGAUGAUACAUGUUUUUCUUCACAAGCUGAAGUCUUUUGCAAGAGCAGGGACAAAUCAUCUGCUGCUGAUUUAUAUUUGUCCUAUAUAAAUCAGCAACUAUCAGAAUUUUCUCUAUCAAGCAAUUCAGAGUAUCUUGCAGCACUAAUUAUAGAACCAGUAAUACAAGGUGCUGGGGGAAUGCUCAUGAUAGAUCCCCUUUUCCAGCGAAUACUCGUCAGUGAGUGUAAAAGUCGAAAAAUACCUGUUAUAUUUGAUGAGGUAUUUACAGGAUUCUGGCGUCUUGGUGUGGAGUCUGCUUCAGAGUUACUUGGAUGUUCACCAGAUAUUGCUUGCUAUGCAAAACUGAUGACGGGGGGAAUUAUACCAUUAGCUGCAACCUUAGCAACAGAGGAAGUUUUUGAAUCCUUCAGAAGCGACUCCAAGCUUACGGCGCUCUUACAUGGUCAUUCCUAUACCGCUCAUCCCAUGGGCUGUGCUGCAGCACUAAAAGCUAUCCAGUGGUACCGGGAUCCAUCCACCAAUUUGAACCUUGAUGCUAAUCAUAUGAAGCUACAGGAGCUAUGGGACAAUGCAAUUGUGAAGCAAUUAUCAUCACUACCGAAUGUGAAAAGAGUGGUCUCAAUAGGAACUCUCUGUGCAAUUGAGCUCAAGGCUGAGGGAUUGGAUGCUGGGUACGCGUCACUCUAUGCAAGUUCCUUGGUACAGCAACUCCGCAGAGAGGAUAAUAUCUAUGUCAGGCCCCUAGGUAACGUGAUAUACCUCAUGUGUGGCCCGUGCACACCUCGAGAUAGCUGCUCUCGGCAACUCCUCAAAGUACACCGCAGACUCUGCGGCUUCAAUUGAGCCCAGUGAGAAUAAUUGCGAGCAGUUUGAGUCUGGACAGCCUUAUGGCAACAGUUUCAGGCGAUCAGUAACAUGUCUCUCUUUGAGCACAUGGCUUCAUGCAUAGACAAAUUUUAGAGCGUAUUGCAGAGAGAUCGAAACCUUCGAUCUUGUGAUAGUAUGUAGAAAUUAUUAUUGAUUCUGAAAUUUGUUCUAAUGCAGCAGGUACAGUUGCUAAGCCUGAUGGUCUAUUGAUUUUUAUUAGCUUCGUUAAUGACAACGUAAUUCCUAGA